AUGACUUCAAUAGGCACUGGCUACGAUCUCUCUGCGAGUACUUACUCCCCCGAUGGACGAAUCUUCCAGGUCGAGUAUGCAGGAAAGGCAGUAGAGAAUUCGGGAACCGCAAUUGGUAUCAAAGUGAAGGAUGGCGUUAUCCUCGCUGUCGAGAAGCUCGUACACUCCAAACUACUCGUACCUCAUGCCAAUCGACGAAUCCAAACGAUCGACAGACACAUAGGAUUGGCAACAGCAGGUCUGCUCGCCGACGGACGACAUAUUGCCAACCGUGCCAGAGAUGAGUCGGCUAAUUGGCGAGAACAGUACUGCUCCCCCACCCCGAUCAAGAAUAUCGCAGAUCGGCUAGGUGCAUAUACACAAGCGUAUACCCUUUACUCCUCCGUCCGUCCCUUUGGAAUCAGCACGAUCCUGGGCGGCGUAGACAAGGAUGGUCCUGGGCUCUAUGUGAUUGAACCCAGCGGUGUUUAUUACGGCUAUCACGGCGCAGCCGUAGGGAAAGGUCGACAGUUGGCUAAAACUGAACUGGAGAAACUCAAACUAUCUGAGCUCUCGAUGAGGGAAGCUGUGUAUGACGCAGCACGGAUUAUCUAUCUCGUUCACGACGAUGCCAAGGAGAAAGACUUCGAGCUGGAAAUGUCCUGGAUAGGUUCGGAAACUGGUGGACUGCACGUACCCGUUCCAGAUGACCUCUUCAAGGAUGCCAAUGCAAAGGCAAAGGCAGCUCUGGAAGACUUUGAGUGA